AUGAGCGAUAACAAUCCGACCACAUCUGAAAAGGUGGGAGCACCCUUCCCUGAAAAGGAAGACAUCGAAGCAACCAGAGCGACGAGCGAAGCUGACCCCCCGUUCGACACUAAAGCCAACAAAGACCCGGAUCUCGUCACUUGGAACGGACCACAUGACCCGGAGAAUCCCAAAAACUGGCCCAAAGGCGAGAAGUGGAAGAAUACCUGGGCCGUUUCCCUUUUUGUCUUCAUCUCGCCGGUAUCAUCUGCUAUGAUUGCCCCGGCCAUGCAAGACCUCGCUGAGACCUUGGGAAUGCACACCCAGAUUGAGGUGUACCUCUCCAUGGCCAUCUUCAUCCUCGCCUACGCGAUCGGUCCUACCUUCUUCGGUCCUGCUUCAGAGCUCUAUGGUCGUGUGCGCAUCCUUCAGGUGAGCAACGUGUGGUAUCUAGCCUGGAAUCUUGGAUGUGGGUUCGCCCAGACCAAGGCUCAGCUGUUUGCUUUUCGCUUCCUGGCUGGCAUUGGGGGCAGUGCACCACUGGCAAUUGGAGGAGUCGCUGUGAGCGACAUGUGGAGCGCCGAAGAACGCGGGAAGGCCAUGGGCGUUUACACUCUUGGACCGCUCCUUGGGCCCGUCGUUGGACCUAUUGCGGGUGGCUUCAUUGCUCAGUACUCGACAUGGCGCUGGGUCUCCUGGUCAACCUCUGCCGCCGCCGUCGCUGUUCAAAUCGUUGGAUUCAUCUGGCUGCUACUCCUGUUCCUGACUCAGCCUAUCGUCUUCUGUAUGGCCACCUACAUGGCAUACCUCUUCGGCAUCACGUAUCUCAUGUUCGCGACGUUCCCCGAAAUCUGGACUGUGGUCUACCGUGAGAGCUCCGGCAUCGGCGGACUCAACUACCUCUCCAUCGCCAUCGGGUCGUUUAUUGGCCUCGUUUUCAACCUCAAGCUUGUGGACCGCAUUUACAAGACUCUCAAAGCGCAGAAUAACAACGUCGGCAAGCCUGAGUUCCGUAUGCCGUCGCUAGCUGUCGGCUCUGUGAUCAGCACUAUUGGCCUCUUCUGGUAUGGCUGGAGCAUUGGGAACACGCACUGGGUUAUGCCUAACAUUGGUGCGCUGAUCUUUACCAUGGGUACCAUCUCCUGCCUACAGGGCAUGCAGACAUACAUCGUUGAUAGCUACCAAACCUACGGUGCGAGUGCCAUGGCGGCCUGCGCGAUUCUGCAUAGCUUGACUGGCUUUGGGUUUCCGCUCUUUGCUCCGUACAUGUACGAAGCUCUGGGCUAUGGAUGGGGGACCAGCAUGCUCGCAUUCAUCACCAUGGGUAUUGGCUGGGUUGCACCUUUUGCGUUUUGA